AUGUAUUUGAAUUUUCAAAACAAAACAUUUUGGGAAAGUCUGCAUUUAAAAAGUGGCCUUGAGGACUGGGAUAUGGAGGAGAAGCUCAAGCUAACCACCACCACUGAUCAGUUUCCUCAUGCAGAAUCUUAUGUGCAGCCCCAUUUGUGGAUGUGGGUGAACCCCAAUCUGGUUUGCCCCAUUGCCAGCUGUCCUAGUGUGGACAUGCCAGGACCCAGUAGCCCAGAAUGCUCAGUAGCUGCUGCUGCACCAGGGUUUUCUUCUCCAAGCCCUUCCUUGAAUUACUCCAACCUUAACUGUUCAGAGGAGGAUCUGCUGUCAUCAUCCAGUGAGGCAGAGAAGUUCAUAGAGGAUGAAGAUGCCUCAUCGGUGGACAUCUCACUCCCUCAGAAAAUGGAGACUCCCAAAUCUAAGGCUGUUCUGGCACUCCGGAAACCAAAGGUCCCCAGGUCUCAGAGCAAGAAGCUCAAGUACAUCCUGCAGGCGAGCACCAAAAUCAAAGGGGGAUGGCCCCGCCCCCCCCUUAAUUACUGCAUCCUCAUCACCCUGGCCCUGCGUAACAAUGCAGAAGGCAGCCUGACUGUGCAGCAGAUCUACCAAUUCACACGGCAGCACUUUCCCUUUUUCCAGACAGCCCCAGAUGGCUGGAAAAACACCAUUCGUCACAAUCUGUGCUUCAGUAGCAGCUUUGAGAAAACCUCCCACUUUGUGUGCAAUGAGGGCAACCGCAAGUCACGCCUGUGGAAGCUGACACCAGAAGGGUGCAGAAAGUUCCAGGAAGAGGUACAGGCUCUAUCUGAGGAGGCCCUCGACUUAGUGAGUCAGAGCUUGAACAAACCAGGUACAUAUCAAGAGACAGUAGCCCCUGCUGAGGCUUUGGAGCUAGGAUGA